GUGCACACUUUUGGGCUCAGUAGACAUUGCUAUGUUUGUCGCAUCGUUCAUUCAAGGUGAAACUAUCCAACGAGCAGGGUGCAAAUCGUGAUACACUGGAAAACUGAAACCGUCUAAAUUUGCAGUGAACUUUAAAGAGAGAGAGUAAAGUAAAAAGGAUUUUGAAGGAUCACAAAACCAAACCCACACACACUUAAAGAGGACGGUAAGGAUUCAAUUUUAUCGAACGAGAGAGAAGUGUGCACUUCACUGGAAAGCCCUACAAGGUUGUCCCGUCCGGGGAAGUAUUGAAAAAAAAAAAAGAAAUCCAUUCAAACAAGUACAAUGGCUUCGCUGGACCAGAAGCGUGAAGCGUUCCGCAAGUAUCUCGAAUCGGCCGGCGCUAUCGAUUGCCUCAGCAAGGCACUGAUACGCCUGUACCAGGAAGACCACAAGCCGGAGGAUGCGUGCAAGUUCAUCCGCCAGGUGCUGUGCGAGAACUGCCCCACCGACGAGCAGGUGGCGGAAAGUAUGGCCGAACUGGACGAAGCUCGCAAGCGGAUACGGCACCUGGAGCGCGAAAAUCGAGGCCUACUGCUGAGCGUACGGCGCACCGCGAGCGAAACCAACCUUGCCCUCGACAGUGGGCUGGCGGGUCUGGCCGAGGACGAAGCGUGCGAUUCGCUGCUCAAGAAGCAUCUUACGCCCGAGGUGCUCGAAACGCUCAGGGAGCUGAAAACACCGGCCUUCAAGUCGACGCUGCUCGAUUGCGUCCAGUCCGGGCUGAAGAAUCGGGACUCGCACGUGGGCGUGUAUGCGGCCGACCCGAUGGCGUACAGCGUGUUUGCCGCCCUGUUCGAUCCGCUGAUCGAGGAGUACCAUGGAGGGUUCGGGUCGGAUGGUCAACAGCCCGAGCUGAGCUGGGGUGAACCGAGCGAGCUGGAAAAUCCGGACCCGGAGGGUCAGUACGUUGUGUCGACGCGGGUACGCUGUGCCCGGUCGGUGGAGGGUAUGCCGUUCCAUCCGCGCAUGCAGGAGGACCAGUACGAGGAGAUCUACGUCAAGGUGCGGGAAGCCGUGCAGGACCUGCCGGAGGAGCUACAAGGCGAGCUGCACCUGCUCGCGGCGCUCGAUGCCCGCCAGAAGGAGGAGCUGACGGAGGGGCACUAUCUGUUCAAGGAGUGUGACCGAUUUCUGGACGAGGCACAGGCGAACCGGUUCUUCCCGGCGGGACGUGCAAUCUUUCUGAACGAGAGCAAAACGUUCGUCCUGUGGGUGAAUGAGGAGGACCAUCUGCGCAUCAUCUCCAUGCAGGAGGGCGCAGAUAUCGCACAAGUCUAUCAGCGGUUCAUUACCGCGCUGGAGACACUGGGUCAAAAGAUUCCCUUCCAGCGGGACGAGCGACUCGGCUUUCUCACCUUCUGUCCCACCAACCUCGGCACGGCGAUCCGCGCUUCGGUGCACAUUCGCCUGCCGAAGCUGAGCGCCGACAAGGCACGGAUGGAAGAGGCGGCCGCCACUCACAAGCUGCAGAUUCGCGGAGUUCACGGUGAGCAUACGGACACCGGUGACGGUGUGCUGGAUGUGUCCAACAAGCGACGCCUCGGGCUUACCGAGUUCGAGGCGGUGAAGGAGAUGGUGGACGGCGUCAAGGCACUGAUCGAGCUGGAGAAGGAGCUCGAGGCUGGCGGAGGUGGUGAAGCCGCCGCAGAAGAGGCUCCGGCAGCAGAGGAGUAAGAUAGCUCCUGGGCUGUGUGCCAUUAGUUGCAUCGGGUCCGCCGGCUUGCCAUAUCCGCUUUAGCUAGACAAUUUUUUUGCUGAUACAAUCACCAAUGUCAGCAGCAAUAGCAGCAGCAGCAGCAUAGGCGUGAAAUGAAGUUAUCUCUGCUGCUUUUAAAUCCGAGAUUUAGCAGAGAUGUAGCAAAUUUGUAGACAUGAGUUAAAAAUAAAUCAUAUUUAUCGAACCGUUGAAUGAAGCCCUAA